AUGAAGAUGAAGAAAUCAAUUUGGAAACAUGAACAACAAACUGUUGAAAUUCCAGAGGAUAAUGAUAAUAUGAACAUUGAUGAACCUGAACUUGAUAGACACUCAACAAAAUCAAAAACAAGAUAA